UCCUUCGCCGGAGCCAUGCAGCAGAGAAGAGAAGAGAAGAGAAGGAAGGGAAGGGAAGGCCGGCCCCUGAUUGAAGAAGUGUUUUUAGAGAGAGAGAGAGAGAGAGAGAGAGAGGAGAGUGAGUUUGCGUCGGGGAAGGAGAAAAUGGAGGGAAGGAAAGUGGUGGUUUCAGCUCUGCAAUUCGCUUGCACCGACGACGUCUCCUCUAAUGUUGCUACUGCCGAAAGGCUGGUUAGAGCUGCUCACAAGCGUGGUGCAAACAUUGUUCUCAUUCAGGAACUAUUUGAAGGUUAUUACUUUUGUCAAGCACAAAGGGAGGAUUUCUUUCAGCGAGCUAAAUCUUGUAAAGGACACCCCACAAUUCUAAGGAUGCAAAAACUUGCAAAAGAGUUGGGGGUAGUUAUACCGGUUAGCUUUUUUGAAGAGGCAAACAAUGCUCAUUACAAUUCAAUAGUCAUAAUUGAUGCCGAUGGGUCUGACCUUGGAUUAUAUAGGAAGUCGCAUAUUCCAGAUGGACCAGGAUACCAGGAAAAGUUUUAUUUUAAUCCAGGAGACACUGGCUUUAAGGUUUUCCAAACUAAAUUUGCAAAAAUUGGAGUUGCAAUUUGCUGGGAUCAGUGGUUUCCAGAGGCUGCUCGAGCAAUGGCUCUCCAAGGUGCAGAAAUAUUAUUUUACCCUACUGCUAUUGGUUCUGAACCUCAAGAUGCAGGACUUGAUUCGCGUGACCACUGGAAGCGUGUUAUGCAGGGUCAUGCCGGGGCCAAUUUGGUACCUCUGGUGGCUUCAAACCGCAUAGGUAAGGAGAUAAUUAAUACUGAGCAUGGAAACAGUGAGAUCACGUUCUACGGAAACUCUUUUAUAGCAGGACCAACUGGCGAAAUUGUUGCAUGUGCUGAUGACAAAGAGGAAGCUGUUCUUGUAGCCCAGUUUGAUCUAGACAAGAUAAAGUCCAAGAGACAUAGUUGGGGAGUAUUUCGAGAUCGGCGUCCAGACUUAUACAAGGUGCUUCUUUCUUUAGAUGGCGGCAAGCCCCAAUUGUGAUUUCACGCUACCCUCAUCAUAUCUGUUGUGGCGCUAAUAGAAUCCCUUCAAAAGACUCUUGCUCCUGUUUUUGUAGAAAAGAUAACUAUUGCUUUUAGAUAAUAUUUAAACACAUUUGGAUGAGUUUUAAUAAGGAGCAUAAGAGUAUCUGGCACCUGCACCUCAGACCUUACGAAAGCUCCAUUAGAACUGUGCUUAUAUUAGGUGCCACGUGUAGCCUUAUAAUGGAGCAAGUCAGCAACUGGCUUAGUCA